UGAUGUGAAACGCGGUCCAGCCGUCCGGCAGAGCGCGUGCCGUGUGUGCGCACGCUGCGCUUCUGCGCUCCGCCGCGUGGUGGCGCCGCGCGCCUCGCUGCCGGCGCGUCACAUCCCAGCGCUUCCUCCUGACGAGCCCGGAGUCGUCCUCCUCCUCCUCCUCUGCUCCACGCGGACUCCGCGCGUGCCUCUCCGCCUGCGCGCUCCUCAGCCACAAGCCUGAACAGACGGACCCUGCGCCGCGGGCCGGAACUUCAGGGGGUCCGACGGAUUCGAGGAAAAGUCUGCUCCGCGCUUCGCGAGGACGCCGGAACCAGUCGGUGCUGGACGGCGACGGAGACGCUGAAGUUUCCAGCAGAAGAGGAAACAACAGCAUCGCACGGACGCGAGAAGUGCGUGAGGAAAGUCGGUGCCGCUCGCUGUCUGAACAGGUGCAGCGACGCACGGACUGUACGUGGACUCAACCUGGACCCGUCCGGCUGAGUCGAACCCACUAAAGCCGCCGAGACGUGGAUUCAGUACAUGUGAACAGUAGAACGGACCCACGCUCCGAUUUGAGCGACGAGGCGGGAUUUCUUCGGCGGGAACCCGGGAGCAGGCAGGCGGAACCGCGGCGCAGUGCGUCCAGCUCCUCGCGCACUUGUCGUCCACGCGGCCCGCUUGGAAACAUGUUGGACGACGCGUGGAGCGGACCUGCGCGGCGCGUCACUUGGAUUUUACUCCUCUCCCUGCUCGUGCACUCCACGCAAGCUCAAGAUGACGUGCCUCCCUACUUCAAGACGGAGCCGGUGCGCAGCCAGCUGCACCUGGAGCGCAACAGGCUGGUGCUGACCUGCAUGGCCGAGGGGAGCUGGCCGCUGGAGUUCAAAUGGAUCCACAACAGCACCGAGCUGACCCGCUUCUCUCUGGAGUACAGGUACCUCAUCCCGUCGCUGGACCGCUCCCACGCCGGCUUCUACCGCUGCAUCGUCAGGAACCGGGUGGGAGCUCUGCUGCAGCGACGCACAGAAGUCCAGGUGGCCUUCAUGGGCAGCUUCGAGGAGGGCGAGCGCUCCCAGUCGGUCUCUCAGGGAGAAGGAGCCGUCAUCCCAGCGCCGCGCAUCCGCAGCUUCCCUCAGCCACAGGUCACCUGGUACCGAGACGGACGCAAGAUCCCGCCCAGCAACCGCAUCGCCAUCACGCUGGACAACACGCUGGUCAUUCUGUCCACGGUGGCGCCGGACGCCGGACGCUACUACGUCCAGGCAGUGAACGACAAGAACGGAGAGAACAAGACCAGUCAGCCGGUCACCCUGUCUGUGGAGAAUGUGGGCGGUCCUGCAGACCCCAUCGCCCCCACCAUCAUCAUCCCUCCACGGAACACGUCAGUGGUCAGUGGCACGUCGGAGGUCACCAUGGAGUGUGUGGCCAACGCCAGGCCUCUCAUCAAGCUGAGCAUCUCCUGGCGUAAGAACGGCGUCCCGGUGGGCGGCGGCCUGAGCGACUCCAACCGCCGGCUGACGGUCCUGAGCCCCGGCCUGAGCGACGCCGGCUACUACGAGUGCGAGGCCGUGCUCCGCAGCAGCAGCGUGCCGUCGGUCAGCGCCGGCGCCUACCUGCACGUCCUGGAGCCGCCGCAGUUCAUAAAGGAGCCGGAGAAGCACAUCACGGCGGAGAUGGAGAAGGUGGUGGACAUUCCGUGUCAGGCGCGAGGCGUCCCGCAGCCGGACAUCGUGUGGUACAAGGACGCGCUGCCCAUCGACCCGGUGAAGAUGCCGCGCUACAGGGUUCUGGUGGGAGGCAGCCUGCAGGUCAACGGCCUCCUGCCCGACGACACCGGCAUGUUCCAGUGCUUCGCCAGGAACCAGGCAGGGGAAGUUCAGACCAACACGUACCUGGCUGUCACCAGCAUUGCUCCAAAUAUCACAGCCGGACCCUCUGACAGCACUGUGAUCGACGGCAUGUCAGUCAUCCUGCACUGCGAGACCUCUGGAGCCCCGAGACCAGGCAUCACCUGGCAAAAAGGCGAGCGCGUGCUGGCGAGCGGCUCGGUGCAGCUGCCCAGGUUCACGCUGCUGGAGUCCGGCAGCCUGCUCAUCUCCCCGUCGCACAUCUCGGACGCUGGCACCUACACGUGCAUGGCCAGCAACUCCAGAGGCAUCGACGAGGCGUCGGCCGACCUGGUGGUGUGGGCUCGCACUCGCAUCAGCACCCCCCCACAGGACCAGAGCGUGAUCAAAGGGACUAAAGCCGUGAUGACGUGUGGAGUCACACACGACCCCAGCGUGACUGUCCGGCACGUGUGGGAGAAGGACGGCGCCGUCAUCAACGUGCAGGCGGUGCCUCGCGUGCGACUCGACGCCGACGGGACCCUGCACAUCUCCCAGACCUGGUCGGGCGACAUCGGCACGUACACGUGCAGGGUGACGUCCGUGGGCGGCAACGACUCGCGCAGCGCACACCUGCGUGUGAGGCAGCUGCCCCACGCCCCGGAGAACCCCACGGCCGCGCUGAGCGCAUCAGAGAGGAGAGCCAUCGACCUGGCGUGGGCCAAGCCCUUUGACGGCAACAGCCCCCUCAUCCGCUACAUCCUGGAGGUCUCUGAGAACAACGCUCCCUGGGCCGUGCUGCUGGCCAACAUCGAGCCCGACUCCACCGCGGUGACGGUCAACGGCCUGAUCCCGGCCCGCUCCUACCAGUUCCGCCUCUGCGCCGUCAACGACGUGGGGAAGGGCCAGUUCAGCAAAGAGACAGAGCGCGUCUCUCUCCCGGAGGAGCCCCCCAGCGCCCCCCCUCAGAACGUCAUCGCCAGCGGCCGCACCAACCAGUCCAUCAUGAUCCAGUGGCAGCCUCCCCCCGAGAGCCACCAGAACGGCAUCCUCCGCGGGUACACGGUCCGCUAUCGCCUCACCGGGCUGCCGGUGGACAACCAGAUCAAAAACAUCUCCAGUCCAGAUGUGACCAACCUGCUGCUGGAGGACCUCAUCAUCUGGACCAACUACGAGAUCGAGGUGGCCGCGUACAACGGGGCGGGUCUGGGCAUCUUCAGCCACAAAGUCACUGAGUGGACUCUGCAGGGAGUUCCCACCAUCGCCCCGGGCAACGUGCAGGCGGAGGCGGUCAACUCGACGACCAUCCGCUUCACGUGGACCGCCCCCAACCCUCAGUUCAUCAACGGCAUCAACCAGGGCUACAAGUUGCUGGCCUGGGAGCCUGGCAGGGACAAAGACGUUACUAUGGUAACCGUGCGCCCCAACUUCCAGGACAGCGUCCACGUGGGAUACGUGACGGGUCUGAAGAAGUUCACUGAUUAUUACACGUCGGUGCUGUGUUUCACCACUCCUGGAGACGGCCCCCGCAGCUCGCCCCGAGCGCUGAGGACGCACGAGGACACCCCCGGUGCUGUGGGCCACCUGAGCUUCACCGAGAUCCUGGACACUUCGCUGAAGGUCAGCUGGAGCGAGCCGAGUAAGAAGAACGGGGUUCUCACAGGUUAUCGCAUUUCGUGGGAGGAGUACAACCGAACCAACACCAGAGUCACCCACUACCUGCCCAACGUCACCCUGGAGUACAGGGUCACCGGGCUCACCGCCCUCACCACCUACACCAUCGAGGUGGCCGGGAUGACGUCCAAGGGCCAGGGCCAGCUGUCGUCCUCCACCAUUUCCUCUGGCGUCCCACCAGAGCUGCCUGGGCCUCCCACCAACAUGGCCAUUUCCAACAUCGGCCCGCGCUCCGUCACCCUGCAGUUCAAGCCCGGCUAUGACGGCAAAACCUCCAUUUCCCGCUGGCAGGUGGAAGCUCAGGUGGGUGUGGUGGGGGAGAACGAGGACUGGGUGAUGGUGCACCAGGUCUCCAACGAGCCCGAGGCUCGCUCCUUGGAGGUUCCACGUCUCAACCCGUACACCUUCUACAGGUUCCGGAUGCGCCAGGUGAACAUAGUGGGCACCAGUCCACCCAGCCAGCCCUCCAGGAAAAUCCAGACCCUGCCGGCGCCUCCUGACAUGGCCCCUGCCAACGUCACCCUGCGAACCGCAAGUGAGACUAGCCUGUGGUUACGAUGGAUGCCUUUACCUGAAUGGGAAUACAACGGCAACGCGGAGCAGGUGGGCUACAGGGUCCAGUAUUCCCGGGUCGGCUCACAAGGCCGGCCGCUGACCCACGUGGUCUCCGAUCGUCUGGAAAGAGAGUUCACCAUCGAGGACUUGGAGGAGUGGACGGAGUACGAGGUCCGGGUCCAGGCCAUCAACGGCAUCGGGAUGGGGCCCUGGAGUCAGCCGGUCCGAGGCAGGACGAGGGAGUCCGUCCCCUCCUCUGGACCCACCAACGUGUCGGCCUUUGCCACCACUUCCAGCAGCAUCCUGGUGCGCUGGUUUGAAGUUCCCGAGCCGGACAGAAACGGUCUGAUUCUGGGCUACAAGGUGGUUUACAAGGAGAAGGACGCCGACAGCGCCGUCCACUUCUGGACCGUGCAGGGAAACGCCACGCACAGCGUUCAGCUGACUGGUCUGGGGAAGUACGUGCUCUAUGAGAUCCAGGUUCUGUCCUUCACCAGGAUCGGGGAUGGACGCCCCAGUUCUCCGACCAUUCUGGAGAGGACGCUGGAUGAUGUUCCAGGGCCUCCAGUGGGCAUCCUGUUCCCUGAGGUGCGGACCACCUCGGUCCGUCUUAUUUGGCAGUCGCCCUCACAGCCCAAUGGGAUCAUCCUCGCCUACCAGAUCACAUACCACCUCAACUCCACCAAUAGCAACACGGCCACAGUGGACGUGCUGAGCCCCAGCGCUCGCCAGUACACGGUGACCAACCUCAAGCCGGAGUCCAUCUACGUGUUCCGGAUCACGGCGCAGACGAGGAAGGGCUGGGGAGAGGCUGCAGAGGCGCUGGUCGUCACCACGGAGAAAAGAGCUCGUCCCCAGCCCACCAGCCGCCCCACGGUUCCCCAGAAAGACGUUCAGGCCCGUCAGGUCCUGCUGUCGUGGGAGCCGGGCAGCGACGGCCUGUCCCCUGUGCGUUACUACACCGUGCAGCUCCGGGAGCUUCCAGAGAGCAACUGGACCGUUCAUUCCGCCUCCGUCAACCACGAGGCCACGUCCUACGUCGUGUCCAGGCUGAAGCCCUUCACGUCCUACCAGUUCAGAGUGAAAGCCACCAACGACAUAGGAGACAGCGAGUACAGCGAGGAAAGCGAAGCGAUUACCACUCUGCAGGACGCGCCGGACGAAGCGCCCGCCAUCCUCUCCGUGACGCCGCACACGACCACGUCGGUGCUGAUUCGCUGGAAGGCUCCGUCUGAGGAGAAGAUCAACGGGAUCCUGCUGGGCUUUCGCAUUCGAUACCGUGAGCUGCUGUACGACCGUCUCCGCAGCUACUCCAUCCACAGCGUCAGCAGCGUGUCGGCCUGGGCGGAGCUCAGCGCCCCCUACAGCAUCCAGAAUCUGAGCGACUCAACCCUGACCCAGUACGAGCUGGACAAGCUGAGUAAACACAAGCGCUACGAGAUACGGAUGAGCAUAUACAACGCUGUGGGCGAGGGGCCAGCCAGCGCUCCACAGGAGGUGUUUGUGGGAGAAGCAGUGCCGACAGCCCCGCCUCAGAACGUGGCCAUUCAGUCUGCAACCGCCACGCAGCUGGAUGUGACGUGGGACCCUCCCCCUGUGGACGCUCAGAACGGGGACAUCCAGGGCUACAAGGUUUACUUCUGGGAGUUUCAGCGUAAAAACGAGACGGAGCGGCUGCGGACGCUGUUCAUGCCCGAAGGCGGGGUCAAGCUGAAGAACCUGACCGGCUACACCACCUACAUGAUCAGCGUGGCCCCGUUCAACGCGGCUGGGGACGGACCCCGCAGCCCCCCCACCAGGGGCCGCACGCAGCAAGCAGCGCCCAGUGCUCCCAGCUUCAUUCAUUUCAGCGAGCUCACCACCACCUCGGUCAACGUGUCCUGGGGCGAGCCGACCUUCCCCAACGGCAUCAUAGAGGGCUACCGUCUGGUCUACGAGCCGUGCACGCCCGUCGAGGAGCCUUCCGUGGCCUGUGCCGACUGUCUCCACUCCCCCUCCCCCCCAGGCGUCAGUAAGACAGUGACGGUGGAUGUGAAGGGCAUCGGCCCCCUGUGGUUGAAGCUACGAGAUCUGGCCGAUGGGGUGACGUACAACUUCCGCAUCCGGGCCAAGACCUUCAUCUACGGUCCGGAGGUGGAGGCCAACAUCACCACGGGUCCAGGGGAAGGAGCUCCGGGACCCCCUGGAGAGCCCUUCAUCACGCGAUACACUUCUGCUCUGACCAUCCACUGGACCAGCGGGGACCCAGGCCGUGCUCCCAUCACACGCUAUGUCAUUGAGGCCAGGCCUUCAGAUGAGGGUCUGUGGGAUAUCUUAAUCAAGGACAUCCCCAAGGAGGCGACGUCACACACAUUCAACGUGGACAUGCUGAAACAAGGGGUCAGCUAUGACUUCCGGGUAAUCGGAGUAAACGACUACGGCUACGGCUCUCCCAGUCUUCCCUCUCCUUCUAUAUCUGCUCAAAAAGUCACACCGUUCUACGAGGAGUGGUGGUUCCUGGUGGUGGUGGCGCUGGUGGGGCUCAUCUUCAUCCUGCUGCUCGUCUUCAUCCUCAUCAUCAGAGGCCAGAGCAAGAAGUACGCCAAGAAGUCUGAGUCAGGUAACAACUCCAAUUGCAACGCCCUGACUCACGGAGACAUGGUGAGCCUGGAUGAGGGCCGCUUCCCCGCCCUGGAGCUCAACAACCGGCGCCUCUCUGUCAAAAACUCCUUCUGCCGCAAGAACGGCGUCUACACCAGGUCUCCUCCCAGGCCCAGUCCAGGCAGCCUCCACUAUUCAGACGAAGAUGUCAGCACAAAGUACAAUGACCUGAUCCCCGCAGAGAGCAGCAGUCUGACCGAGAAGCCAUCGGAAAUCUCCGACUCGCAGGAGGCGCUGGUGUUUUCAUAUGGGACAGGUGGCCUACAUACACUUCCACUGCAUUUGGGUAGCGACAGCGAAUACGAGGUGGACCCCAACCGGCAGAAGACCCACUCCUUCGUCAACCACUACAUAAGCGACCCCACCUAUUACAACUCCUGGCGCCGCCAGCAGAAAGGCAUCUCCCGAGCGCAGGCCUACAGCUACACCGAGUCCGAGUCGGGCGACCCGGAUCACUGUGCCCCACCGCCGCUGCCGCCUCUACCUCCGCUGCCACCCCAGCUCAGUUCCCCCAGCCCCCAGCCGCAGCAGGCCCAGGGCCAGGGCCAGCCCCAGGGCCAGCCCCAGGGCCAGGGCAGCCUGUUUAGACCCAAGGGCAGUCGGACUCCCACCCCCUGUCAGCAGAGCUCCAACCCCCCCAGCCAGCACAGCACCCUCUACAGGCCCCCCAGCAGCCUCGCUCCAGGCUCCCGGGCCCCAAUAGCUGGAUUCUCUUCCUUUGUGUGAAAAUGCUGAAAAUGACAUCUAAACAUUUCUGGAAAUAUCUACCCAGCUUGCGUUGAAGGAGAACAUAGCAUUGCGUAACAUGCAGCCAGUGCAAUCGAGUCAUCUAUGCCUUUCUUUUCAUUUCUUUUCUCCUCGUCAGCCUGGGUGCGUGCGGAACAACACGGAGACUUUUUGGAGCCUUUUAUUGUCUGAUGUGUGGAAGUGUGCCAGUGUAGACUUUCAGUACUCUCUGCAGCAUCUAUUCGCUUUUAUUUUGCUAUUUGAACUUUUUGCAUGACAUUUUCUUGUUUUUUUCUCUAUUUCUUCUGGAAAAACAGACAAAAAUGGAAAAAUCUUUUUUUGAUUCUGUACAAAGUCAUAGAAACCUUUGAAAACACACACACAUAUAAAAAUAUAUACAGUAUAUAGUAGAUGUACCUAGCCACAAAAUGAAGUCAGUGCAGACUUUGCAUUGAUGGACACGGAUAUAACAACAUGAUGGAGCCAUAUAGAGGAAAUGAAAGGACAAGUGUUAGUUUGGGUUGGAUGAGCUGGAUGUAAAAACAAAAGAGGAAGCAAUUAAAGACAGAUGUGGAUGUCAUGCUCAAGCCAAAACACCAAAUUCUAAUGUGUUUGCCAGAGGAGUUAGGAGGAAACAAUCAUGCGUCUCGUUGGACACGGCUCUGGGGUCUCCAGCAGCGCUCGGCUGUGGCUGCCGGGUCAGUGGCUGUGCUGAGCCUGAAGGAAUCUGCAGAUAUAUACAGUAGGAGUGUAUAUGUGUCACAGUGAAGGCGUUUAAGUGUUUUUGUGAGUGUGUUACAGUGGAUCAAAGAUGCCUUCAUAUAGGAACACUUAUUUAUAAUAUCUGGCACCGGUUGCAAUGACUGCUGACGGGCAUCGAUAACGGCUGGACUCGCGCCUCGAGAGCCUUCUUUUUAUCCUGACACGCUCCACGUUUCCCCCCGUUUUGCUCGCUCACGCCUAAACACACUGGUCUGAUUCUACACGCUGUGAGCACUGAACCUGUCUGAAGCGGUCGGGGGGGACGGGGGCGUCACGUGGGCCCUGCUGAAACUGUGUGGUUUUAAUAAGACGUGAAUGGGAUGUUUUCUCCUGUUUCCUGCCUCGCUACGUCACUAUCGUGGAGCAGUGACGUCAGGAGAUGAUGUCAUCGGUCCGCCCGCCUCCUCCCCUGUCUGUAAUCAGCCACUGUGUACUGUUCAGGUGUGACUGUGCUGUCUCGGAUGCUAGUGUGCGGAUGUGAGUGAGUCUACACUUCUCGUGCGUAAGCUUUACAGAUCACUCACUGUCCGUCUGGAUAUAAAGCGAUUGUCUUGCAGAAACUAAACCUGCCGCCAGGCUUGGCUCAGUCCGAGCCACCUGCCAGGUGCACUCAUGAUGCUAUAGUGAAGAAUCAGUGGUGUGUUCCUAGUUUCCAUAGCUCAAAAAGAAAAAUGUAUCAUCCUUUUUUUUCCGUGGGGUGAUUUCAUUGUACGCGACAUUAUGCUGAAUCUGAAUGGAUAUAUGAUCACAGUACAUUUCUGAAAUAAAUUAUUUUUCAAUGUUA